GUAUUGGAUUCCUCCUCUCUUCCUCCCGCACUUCUUCCCGUCGGUGUGCUGGCGAGUUUCCUUCUUACAAACCAUCCCACUCGCCAACUCAGCCACCAUGUAUGCCUGCUCAAGGAUCGUGAUGCCGGCUGCCAGAGUAACACUGCUGCGGCCGCUGAGCUCGGUGGCAGUGGCUCCCGUCAGUCCGGCGGCGGCCGCGCCCGCCUCCAGCCAGGCGGUGGUGCCGUACCGGUCCCUGCAGACGUCGACCGUCUCCCGCGACAUCGACUCGGCCGCCAAGUUCAUCGGUGCCGGCGCCGCCACGGUCGGCUCGGCCGGCUCUGGCGCCGGCAUCGGCUCCGUCUUCGGCUCGCUGAUCAUCGGUUACGCACGGAACCCCUCUCUGAAGCAGCAGCUCUUCUCGUACGCCAUCCUGGGAUUCGCCCUGUCCGAGGCCAUGGGUCUGUUCUGUUUGAUGAUGGCUUUCCUGCUGUUGUUCGCUUUCUAGCCGCGCACGGGCGGCGGUCGGGAGGGGUGUGUGUCGGGAGUGGGCGCGGCUCCCGUUAGUGGUGUACGUCGGUCGGACGCGUCCGACGGCGCCAGGUUCGACCCGCGCCGCUGGACGCGGCCCCCUUAGAUACCAAUAUACACCCACGUGUACGUGACCAACUGUA